AUGUCAGAUCACGAAACAUAUGAUAAUAUUGAUGCAGGAGCAUCACAAACCUAUCCUGUGCAGGCGGGUGCAAUAAAAAAAAAUGGGCAUGUCAUGUUAAAAGAGCAUCCAUGUAAAGUUGUUGAUUAUUCAACAUCCAAAACUGGAAAACAUGGUCAUGCAAAAGCACACAUUGUAGGUAUUGAUAUUUUUACUGGUAAAAAAUAUGAAGAUAUAUGUCCUACAUCCCAUAACAUGGAUGUACCUGUUGUUAAAAGAACGGAAUUGCAGUUAAUUGAUAUUACGGAGGAUGGUUUUGUUUCUUUACUGUACGAAAAUGGUGAUACAAAAGAUGAUUUAAGUUUACCAAAAGAUUCGGAAGGAAAUUUUGAUGAAGUAGCUAAACAAAUACGUAAUUUAUUUGAUAGUGGAAAAUCAGUUUUAGUUAGUGUCCUAUCUGCUUGUGGUCAGGAAAAAAUUAUUGCUGUGAAGGAAUUAUCAUCAUAA